AUGGCUGGCCCCCUCGACGACUUCGUCCACUGGGACAAGGCUGCCGAUGCUAUUGGUGGGACUACCGAUUUCCAGCUUGAUGGCGAAAACCUCGAUCUCGUCCUUGCAAACGUCGACGAUGAUGAUUUCGGCUUUUCUGCGCUCCAGCAUUUCUCUGGCGACGCCAACCUUGAUCUGUUUGCCAUCCCCGGCACCAUGCCCGACCCCAUCUCCGAGGCCUGGUACGAGACGCCCCAGACCGCCUGCGCCCAUUGCGCCGCCGGUGGCUUUUCCUGCAAGAAAAUUCAUGAAGGUAGCUAUAAGGGCUAUUGCACCAGCUGCGUUGCUCUCCGCGUCGAGUGCAGCUUUGCCCGCGCUCUGGGCAAUGCCAUGCCUGGCGUCGAGCCGGCCGCGGCCUUCCCCCCCAGCCCUUGGCCCAACACCAUCCACUCGAGCUUUGCCAACCAUAUGGCUGCUCCUGCUGCUCAUCACCCCAACGAGAACAACGGUAUUAUUGCCCCGGUUCCCAUUGCGCCGCCCAAGAUUGGUGCCCGCUUCUCCCGCGAGUCUGUCCGCAUCUUGAAGAAUUGGCUCUCUACCCACACCAGACACCCUUAUCCUAGCGAAGAGGAAAAGGAAAUGCUACAGCGCCAGACUGGCCUGAACAAGACGCAAAUCACAAACUGGCUUGCCAAUGCCCGCCGCCGCGGCAAGGUCCAGCCGCCUCGAUCAGUCUCACCAAACCCCAGAAACUGGUCCACGCCCGGCUCAAUUGACAUUCCCCAGCGCCGCGGAACACCUGCUCUGGAAGCCAUGAACCCCUUGCAGCGUUGGCAGGUCUCUCCUCCGGAACACGAACCGGCCUCGGUCAGCGCUAUUGCAAGGGCCGUCACAGCUUCGUCUUCUGCCCUGUCUUCCGGGCUCAACUCCCCAUACAGCUUCAACUACACCGAUGACGGCUCCAAUAGAUCGCUUUGCAAGGAAUCUUCGGCAUCUAGUGUGGGCACCUCGCAGUCCAAGUCCACCAAUGGCUCCUUUGGAUCUGCAUACUCUCACGGCUCCAGACACUCCUGGGGCUCGUUUGGCUCGGCGCCUUUCAACAGCCGCGGCCGUCGCCGUCGCCGUCGCAGGGCUGGCACCAAGCCCGAGGGCAACGCCAACCUGUCCGCGCCAUUGAAGACUUUCCAGUGUACCUUCUGUACCGAAACGUUCAGAACAAAGCAUGACUGGCAGAGACAUGAGAAAUCUUUGCACUUGUCGCUUGAGCGAUGGGUCUGCGCGCCCGAUGGGCCCCGUGCCUUGAACCCGGAGACGGGCAACAUGUCUUGCGUCUUCUGCGGUAUUGCCAACCCAGACGAUGCCCACGUCGACUCGCACAACCACUCUGCUUGCCAAGAGCGCUGCCUCGAGGAGCGCACAUUCUAUCGCAAAGAUCACUUGAAUCAGCACCUUCGUUUGGUUCACAAUGUCAAGUUUUUAGACUGGGCCAUGAAGCCCUGGAAGAUUGCGACGCCUGAAAUCCGCUCACGCUGCGGUUUCUGCGGCAUUGUAAUGGAUUCUUGGACUAUUCGUGUAGAUCAUCUUGCGGAGCAUUUCAAGACUGGUUAUUCCAUGGCUGACUGGAAGGGUGGCUGGGGUUUCGAGGUACCCGUUCUCGACAUGGUUGAGAACUCCAUCCCGCCUUAUCUUAUUCAUCAUGAGCGAACCUCGCCCAUGCCCUAUGUUGCCCUCCAGUCUCCGCCUGCUUCUCCGCGUAAUGCGUACGAGCUCAUCAAGCUGGAAUUAGCCCACUUUGGCUCGUCCUACUGGGAACAACACGGAAAGCCCCCGACUGACGAAGAACUCUGCCUGGAAGGAUGCCGUAUCAUUUUCGCCUCCGAAUUGCUCUCCAUCCAAGGCAUCGCCACCCAGGUAUCCUGGCUUCGUGACAUUAUCAUGAACGACGAAGAGCUCUCCCGCAAAGCCAAGUUCGGGCCUCUUCGCCGCGCAGCUGAGCUGCAAAGCCUCAAAAUUAACGGCAAGGACAACCUUUUCGAAGAGUGCCCGAUGGAAAUCCAGCUCCACCAGUUUGUCAAGGCCAAGAGGUUGCUGGGCUUGAUCGCCAUGGACGACGAGCUGCAAGAGGAGGCCUGUCGAAUUGUUGGACGUGUCGAAGAAAUGUGCACGCACCCAUCCGAGGCUGUUGCCAACUGGCUGCUUCGACUCAUCAAGCGGUCGACCACUUGGUUAUCUACCUUUCGACGCCGCGCGCAUCUGCCCCGAACAGAAGAUAUCAAGAGCGACACCAUCCGCUCCAAGGAUCUCACCUCCAUCGACUCGACAAUCCACAGCUAUUCGAGGCUCGAGAAUGAGCUUGGUGACUACUUGAAGGCACAGCGCAAUCUAGGCAAGGAGCCUUCGGACGAGGACCUCCAGCGCCAAGCGCGUAUCAUCAUCUACGAAUUCGACGAUGGGUGGAACCAGACCGCAGCCGACAACAUGCAGUGGCUAGAUGCUUUCAAGGAGCGACACGCGCUGGCGGAAAAGACACCAGGCGCCACUAGCAAGACAUCUCCAGAGCAGUCGGAUCAAGCGACCGCUGUGGGCUCCCCCGGUUCGCAGUGGGCAUCGCAAAGCAAGAGGCGACCGAGCGUCGGGAGCAAUGCCAAGACUGCCGAGUUUCUCCAAUUCAGCAAGCCCAGCAGCAACCCAUCCUUCCUCAACGACGCAAACUGCUACCGCCGUCUUGCCAAGGAGCUGAAGCGAUGGGUCGUCUCGGCCACGUCGCCCAACAACCCCAACCGCCAUGUGCCGACUGACGAGGAGCUGCGCUACCAGGCACGCUGGAUCAUCUACGACGGCGACGACCCCUGGAACCAGACGGCCGCCGACAAUGCCGAGUGGCUGCAGAGGUUCAAGCGCGACGUGGGCAUCACCAAGGACGGCGGACCGGGUCUGCCCGAGGGCUACGCCUGGGCCAUGGAGCAGGGCGGCACCGGCUUCGCGCCGCCCUACGCCUGCCCCCAGCCGGACAACAUGGGCCCUUUUGCAGGCGCGGUGCCCGUCGAGAUGCGCGACGGCGCCAAGGCCUUCAUGGCCGGGCCCACGGCCGCCAACAGCUUCGUCGACACGCUCGCGGCGCCGCACACGCGCCCGGCGAGGGUCUUUUGCUCGCGCGAGCUCGAAGCCCGCCUUCUGCAGCACGCUGAGUGCCACGCCCUCGCGCACGGCACCAUGCCCGACGAUGUGGCGCUGCGUGCCGAGGCCAGGAGGAUCCUGAAGACCGACUACACGGCCGCCGACGACGACCAGCUGCUCGGCAAGUUCAAGGAGCUCCUGUGCGAGAAGAUGCCGUUUCUAGGGGGGCCGCAGCAGCAGCAGCAGCAGCAGCAGCAGCAGCAAGAGACUGAUGUUUCUACUGAGGUGGUUGACCCGCCGCUCACUCUGCCAGUGGACACGGACAUGGACAUGCUGCUGCAUAACAUGGACUUUGAGCUGGAGCCCGACUUUAUGAGCAGUGCCGUCAUUGGCACGGAAGGAGAAGACGGUGGUGCGCCGCUCUUUUAA